AUGAAAGACGACGGCAUCACCACGACCCUGGAUGGCGACAUGGCCGGACAUCCCCCGCCCGGAAUGGUGCUGGUGCCCCGACCCAGUGCUGACCCUGAGGACCCGCUCAACUGGCCACACCGCCGCAAAUAUGUCAUUCUGGCCACUCUCUGCCUGGCCUCGUUAUCCGGAGCCAUUGCCCCUCUUUCCGGCCAAUUGAAUCUCGCUCAACAAGCCAAGAUCUAUGGCAAGACCACUGUCCAAGAAUCCUAUGCAAACUCGGCCGCCCUGGCCGGCAUGGCCUUUGGCCCUUCUUCUUCGCCCCCAUCGCCCACCGACUCGGCCGCAGCUCCGUCAUCUUCUGGUGCGUGCUCUGCGCCAUGA